AUCAAUCAAUCUAAAAACUGGAUCUGGUUUACUUGUUUUCGUUUUGGCGAAAAGAGAGUAAGCAGUAGAGAGAAUGGCUGAGGCAGUUGUUUCCGUCGUGCUCGAAAGUGUCAGAGACUUCACCAUUCAGGAAGCCAAGUUCUUGUCUGGAGUCAGCCGUCAAGUUGAAGCUGCACAAACUGAGCUAGAAUUCAUGCAGGGAUUCCUCAAAGAUGCAGAUGCAAGACAAGGACAAGAUACAAGAGUCCAGAUUUGUGUUGCCAAAAUUAGAGAUGCGGCUUAUGAUUUGGAAGAUAUUAUUGAAACUUAUGGCUUGAAAGUGGAUUCCAAGAAGAAGAAAAGAGGCCUCAAGAAUGUUCUCAAAAGAUUUGCCUGCAUCUUCAAGGAAGGGGUUGAUGUUCACAUGAUUGCGGCAGAAAUUGAGAAUAUCACUACCAAAAUUUCGGUGUUGAGAUCGAAUUUGCAGAGUUAUAACAUAAAGGAAAUAAGGGACAGGGACAGCGGUGGUGGUGAAUCUUCCUUGCAAUUGCAUGAGAGGCUAAGGAGAAGUUAUUCUCAUGUUGUUGAACGUGAUGUUGUUGGGUUAGAGUCCAACGUUGAAGAAUUGGUAAUGCAUGUAUUGAAGGAUAAAAAUGGUCAUCAAGUUGUAUCUAUUUGGGGGAUGGGCGGUUUAGGGAAGACCACCCUUGCAAGACAGCUUUAUCAUCACAAAAAAGUAAGGCAGCGUUUUCAUAGUUUUGCUUGGGUCUGUGUAUCUCAAUGGUGUCAAGUCAGAAAUGUUUGGGAAAGAAUUUUAAUUGAACUCACUUCUGCUACCAAGGAACCAAAACAAGAAAUUAAGGACAUGACAGAUGAUGAAAUAGCAAAGAAGCUUUUUUGUGUCAUGGAAGAAAUGAGAUGUUUGGUGAUUCUUGAUGACAUUUGGAGUAUCGAGACAUGGAAUCUUUUGAAGGUUGCAUUUCCAAACGUGGAAACAGAGAGCACAAUACUGCUUACUACACGGAAUCAAGCAGUAGCUUCGCUCCCAAAUAGAAAUGCUUAUAUCCACCAACCCCAGCCACUCAAUGAGAAUGAGAGUUGGGAACUACUUGAGAAGAAAGCAAUACCUGCAAGGGCUGAAAUCGGUAUUUUCUCACCCUUGAUAUUUUCUUUUCCAGGUCCUUGGUUAUAUAGCAAGCCACAUAGAAACCAUUACAUUGCAUAUGACACAAUUUAUGACAAUGCUAGCUAUUUCAAAAUUUUGACCCAACCUUCUCUUCAAUCCAACGAUAUCCCAUUUGUUUUCUGUGUUGGUGCAUACUUAGGAAUGUACGCAAAGAAGAAAGACUUAGGAAUGAAGAUGCUUCAACAUUGUAAAGGUUUGCCAUUAGCCAUCAUUGUGCUUGCUGGAGUUCUAUCCAGAAAAAACUCCAUUAGAGAAUGGGUGAGAGUGUAUGAGAAUGUUCGUGAAUACAUAAAUAGAGGCAUUGGACAUGAAGAAGAAUACGAAGGUGUAUCACGAGUGUUGGCAUUGAGUUAUGAUGACCUACCGUAUUACUUAAAACCAUGUUUUUUAUAUUUAAGUUAUUAUCCUGAAGAUUGUAUUAUUUCGGUAAGCACAUUGACUAAGUUAUGGGUGGCAGAAGGUCUUAUCUUCUUAAGACAACAAGGUCAUGGUUCGGAGAAAACAAUGGAGGAUAUAGCACGUGAUUGCUUAAGUGAGUUAGUGGAAAGGUGUUUGGUUCAAGUGGGAACAAGUGGUUCAACUGGGACAAUUAAAGAUUGUCGAAUCCAUGAUCUUAUACGAGACAUGUGUUUGUUAAAGGCAAAAGAUGAAAGCUUUCUCCAAAUUAACUAUUCUUUGCAAGAAAAUACUUCUUCUGUGACAGCCCAGGCAUCACAAUUGGGAAAAAUUCGAAGACUUGCAAUUUAUGUGGAUGAGAAGGCAGAUAGGUUGGUUUCUUCAAGAGAUGAAACAAAUGGGCAUGUAAGGUCUCUAUUAUUCUUUGGCCUAAGAGAAUGGAGGCCAAAAAGUGAAAAAGGAUUACUAUCUCCGUUGAAGGAUUUCAAAGUGCUUAGAGUUUUGAAGGUUGAAGGUCUUCGGGCAAGAAGAGUAGAGUUGCCAAGUGAAAUUGGAAAUAUGGUACACUUAAGGUUUCUAAGUGUGAGAAGGAGCGAAAUAAAAACGUGUCCACCAUCCCUAGGUAAUUUAGUAUGCUUGCAAACUCUUGAUUUUCGUGUUUCAAGUUAUAUUGACAUGGUCAUCCCAAAUGUGAUAAAGAAGAUGAAACAAUUAAGACAUUUAUAUUUACCUUGGAAUUACAGAGUAAAGGGUAAGCUGGAGCUGUCUACUCUUGGCCAUCUACAGACCUUACAUAACCUUUCAAGUGAGUAUUGUGAUUUGAAAGAUGUUGGUAGAUUAACCAAUCUUAGAAAACUGAAACUAAGAGUGUUAGGCUCUUUGCAAAAUCUAGAGGAAAUCUUAAAAUCUACAGGCAGCACACUUAACCGUAUCCGGUCUCUCAUUAUGAAAAAUGACACGAAUAGCGGUGAAGAGCAAGCUAUGCAAAUAGUAUCAAGCUGUCAGGGUAUAUACAAAUUGACGUUGGAUGGGCCAAUCGCAGAAUUACCGAAAGAGCUACACAACUAUCCAAACCUCACCAAGUUAGUAUUAUGGAGUUGUGGUCUCAAAGAGGACCAAAUGGGAAUACUAGAGAAGCUGCCAAACCUAACAAAUUUGAAGCUUUUUGAAAAACCUUUCGAGGAGAAUACCAAGAUACUAGUUUUCUCCAGAGGAGGAUUUCCUUCUCUUGAAUUUCUUCAUGUUUCUAGAAUGGACCAAAUAACAGAGCUGAGGGUAGAGAAAGGAGCCAUGCCUCGUCUCUGUCAAUUGUGCAUCCAAUUUUGCUCGGGAUUGACUACACUUCCAGAUGGGCUGAGAUAUCUUAUUUAUCUCAAGGAAUUAACCAUCAGAUGGAUGUGUAGAGAACUCCACCGUCGGAUUGAGGAAGAUGGAGAGGAUUUCUAUAAAAUUCAACAUGUACCUUCCCUUGUAAUUGGAGAACCACUCGAUUAACCAUCGAUGCAAUGAUAGCAAGGUAAUUUCUUUAUUUUAAUGAAUGAUUUUGUAAGUUUGCCAUUGGCCCCCAAGAUAGGACAUGUAAAAGUACUCAGAUAUUUCCCCAGGCAGUGUUUUUAAUGCUGCCCUCCCUGCACUACGAAACGUCUGCACCCCACCCAAGGAAUUAGCAACAAACUCAGACCUAAAGUUUAAAAUACCUGUCCCUUGACUGAACCACUCUAAUCAGCAAAUUUAAAUCUCUAUUAGUUUUUUACCCUGAAUAAUCUUCAA